AGUUACGGAAGGAGUAAGGUGUGGUCUGAGGAGGCCAGAGUGGGCAGACUAAUUGCACAAGGAAGUCAAUGUUUCCGUUUCUGGCACCGAUACAGUCGCCAAGGCAUAGGCGUCCGUUGAAGCUGAUUUCGGACGCAUUUAUCGAAGUUCAGUUCUACAAUGAAGUUCCUGACAGAAAGGAACGGUUGGUGGCAACACCGACGCGACGUCCGGUCUCCAGAAGCAAAGUUGCGGCGGCAAGUAUUUCGCGGCCUACGAGCCGAAACAAGUCGAAAUCUCCGCAUUAUGUCUCACAGCCUACGUCGGCCCGUUCUGCGAAAUCCUCGCCAAUCCCACCAACACUGCCUGACAUACCGCCGCCACCAUCCAGGCAUCGUAACAAGGGACUAGAAACAUCCUCAGCAAUGAUGGAACUGUUUGGAGGAGGUGGAGGAUCAGCAUUUGGGGCUUCAUCGGUGUUUGAUAGCAUACCAGAACCCAAAGAGACUGGUAGUUUCCACAGGAAGAACCUCAUGGAGAAGGAGCUCCAUCAACUUUCUGAUUGGGAAACUGUCAAGCACCCACCCGUCAAGGCUCCCUUCUUCUCCGAGAUUGAUGAGCACGGCACGGCCUACGAACGAGUAAGGAAACGAGGAAAUUGGCGUACGACGAACACUCAAGUGGACCAAGUUGACCAACCGGGUCCUGAAUGGUUUGAUGAUUCGAGCAAUUCUGGUACGGAGCAACAAAUGGAGCCAGAGUCUUCCGAGACUGGCGUAAUUCAAACAGAAACACCCAAUUUGGCCGAUGAUUGGGCAGAGGCCAAGGACGAAGUGUUAGCGACGCCAACACUUUCGGAGGAGGAAAAACAGAAAAUGAUGACGAGCGAGCCUGGACCUGAUUUGGGAGAUGACGAUGAGGAGGUGGAAACGCUGAGUGCUGAUUCUGGAUCGGUGAAAAAGAGCGGCGAUGUGGAUGUGGAGGCAGACGGCGAGGGUGCAGCCGCAGCGGCCGCUGCGCUGGACGUAGAGGAGGAGGCCUCCGCAGAAGGCGCGAGCGGUGCUGGCGGCAUGUCGCUGAUCAUUCGUGGAGCACAAGUGGUCAACGACGAUUCUGUCUUCUUUGCUGACGUCCUCAUACAAGACGGAGUGAUCAGGAAUGUGGGCGCCGGUUUGGAGAUUCCCGCAGACGCAGAGGUUUUGGAUGCUGCGGGCAAGAUGUUAUUACCAGCGGGUAUCGACGUCCAUACCCACUUAACUGCCCCCGAUUCUGCCGACGAUCUGUUAACCGGCUGUAAAGCCGCUAUUGCAGGAGGGACUGCUACAGUUAUCGACAUUGUUUCUCCCAGAAAUGGAGAAUCGCUCACAUCCUCCUUCUUCAGAGUCAAGGAGGGGCUGUCAUCGUCUCUAUGCAAUAUUGGGCUUUCAAUAGUGGUACAGCAAUGGUCGGAAAACGUGAAAAAAGAGAUGGAAAAAGCAGUUUCGGAAGGUGUCAACAGCUUUGUUAUAGACGUCGAAGGUGAUGAGAUACUUUUCCAGGUGCUGGAACACUGCAGGGCUUUGGGCGUUCAUGCACGUGUAAUGCCCGAAAAUCGCACGAUAAUACCGUAUUUGGAAAAAAAGAUGUUGGAUCUAGGCAUUACAGGUCCGGAAGGUUACUGUCAAUCUCAUCCUGAGGAGUUGGAAAGCGAGCGUGUCAGCAGCGUUUGUGUGCUCAGUCAGCUGAGCAACUGUCCUGUUUCCAUUCUAGCGAUGUCAUCCGCUGAAUCGCUAUCAGCUUUGGAGAGAGCGAGAAGUACGGGAGCUCUAGCACAUCCCGAGAUCGCAUGUGCGGCGAUAGCCACAGAUGGAACACACUAUUUUGACAAGAACUUGAGACAAGCGACGUUGCACAUGACUGAAGUACCUCUGCGCACGGAAGGCUCCAGCAAAUUAGUAUCUGCACUAGCUAGUCAGCCGCUAGCCGUCUGCACUUCCGGCCAUCACGCAAUCUCAUCAGAGAGCAGAAUGGGCGCUAGGGAUUUCACUGCCAUGCCCAAAGGAACCGUUGGAGUAGAGGAGCGAAUGUGUGUUGUAUGGGAGAAAGCUGUUCGCACUGGACGAAUUGAUCCGAUGCGAUUCGUAGCUGUAACGUCAACGAAUGCGGCGAAAAUGUUCAACAUGUAUCCCAAAAAGGGACGCAUAGCUGUAGGAGCUGACGCUGAUCUAGUCCUCUGGGAUGCAUCCGUUCGAUGGAAGCUAUCGGCUGCUGAACGCCAGUCAUCUGUAGAUGCUAGCCUCUAUGAUGGACUUACACUUCAUGCCCAGGCAGCUGUUACGAUAGUCGGCGGUCAGAUUGCUUGGAAAGAGGGCAAGAUCCAGGAGUGCAAAGGUUCCUUCAUCCAGCUCUCAGCAAGUAGUCCAUAUCUAUUCAGUGUGGUUCAACAAAGAGAUAAGAUCAGCACAGCUGAAAAAGUUGACCGAGGCGAUAAUGGCCAAGCUUCUAAUGGGGUACUUCCUAAACGGAGCAAUCCCGAGCCAACUUAUGAUAGGCCCUCAGUGCGGAAGUCACAUCUAGAAUCAAAUAUCAGUUUUGGUGGCGACACUCGGCCGGCAUCUACCCGCGUAAGGAAUCCUCCCGGAGGACGAUCUACAGGGUUCUGGUGAAUCUUACCUACACCUUACUAUCACGACUCUACAUAAAUUCUGACAUUGUGCUGCUCUGGACCGAGUACCCUCUCUAGUGUAACAGGCAAAUGUCGCCUUUCAUACAUUGCCCCUCCCUAGUCUCUAAGUAAAAUGCAACAUUGGCAGCCUUCGAUCCAACUUUUGUAACUUUUGUUCCCAUCGGAAUUUUACAUGGCUUGUCAUGCUUAUUUCCAUUCUGACGACAUGCAUAAUUUAUUGUCAAGAGCAUUUUUUACGGAUUAUCCGGUCGCUUUUUAGUCUGGCAGUCAUUUCACUGAUUUUUCCCAUUGUGGAUCAAAACUGUUGAAAUUUUGGUGAGUCAAAACUCACAUAUAGCUGCGAGCUUAAGGUUGUCACAAAUUUAAUAAUUGACCAUAUUCACCUUUCUCAAAACCAUAUAGUCAGUUCCGCUUCGAAUCUCAUUUCAUAAUUUUUGUAAUUUAUUUGUCUCUCCGCACCUAAUUCUUAA